CAUAUCAAAUGGCACAGUUCAUGCCAAAUUUUGUAUUCAUGCAAGCAUUCUUAUCAACAUAAAUGAUGACCUUACAAUAUCACACGUGAUAUUGUCUGUCAGACAAUGCUGUCGUCGACGUCAUUGCUAUUGGAAUUCACCAAGUAAUGAGAGUCCAUUAUAUCCACCAGGAAGACAUUUGAUAGACUGGCCAGUUCCUGAUUGUCCUGAUCAUAGUUGUGAUUGUGAAUUAAGGGAAGGGUCAAUCAUUGAGUUUGACGUUUGUAAAUCUCCACAUGAAAAUACUUGUCGCCAAACUAAUCUGACCAUUCCAGUUGCCAGCAAUCCAAGUACAAAUAUGUCAAGUUGGAAGAUUGCAGUACCUGUUACAACAUUACUGUUUAUCAUCUUUAUUAUUGUAAUUGUCGUUGUGGUGAGAUCUCGAACAUCAUGUCAGGUACAUCGAGGACGAGAUCAUGUACCACGACGAGGACCAAUUGAUUUACCAAAUGGCCCUACUUGUGAUUAUGAAUGGUUUACUUCCCAAUCACCUCGAGUUUUGUUUGUUCAUUCAACUGCUGAUGAAAAUCAUUGGAAGAAGUGUCAAAAAAUGGUUGAUACAGUGAGCGGUUUUGGAAUCAAUGUAACUUCUCAUAGACUUGAAGAGCAUGCAGUCGCAGGGAAUAUUUCAACAUGGGCAACUUCACACAUCGACCGUGCAGACUACAUUGUUUACAUAUGCAGUAAAGAGCUGAAUGACGACUACAACAAUCAAGGCAGUAAUGUAGAAGGUGACUCUCAAGAGCUACGUGCUUUGUGUUACCAUAUUGGAGGUCUACCCACUCAUAAUCCUACAGAAUUUGGUCGUAAAUGCGUCCCAGUUGUAUUUCGAAAAGAGGAUAGAGACAAGUAUUUACCUAAGAUCAUGCUUGAUCUAAAAUACUACCAGUGGCCACAUGAAGAAAAUGACAUUGUCAACCGUUUGAAAGGUAAUUGAAAUGAUCAUAUGUACAGUUUGCCUUACUGCAAGAUGAAAGUCGUUGGACACCUGCACUGAUGACAUAGCUGAUGAAUUUGCCAUGUGACUAUUGAUCGAGCAUUUGUCUUUAAAGCACAAAAGACAGUCUAGACUGUUUCUAAGCUGUAACAGCCUUCAGUAGAAGGUCAAUCAUUCAACUGCUGUGGCAAUUAUAACUAAUCGUGUAUUAUGAUUAUGGCAUAUGUAUGUAGUGAACUUGGGACACAAGGUAUGAAGUAUACGUACAAUACAGUUUGAACACAACAAUGUAACAAAGUGUGUCUA